AUGCCAUCGACAUCUAUUAGCGACUUCUCCCCCAGCAAUGACAUGAUCUGGUACUCCGAUGGCAGCGUUAUUCUCGUCGUGGAGAAAACUGCGUUCCGCGUGCAUGCGUCAAUUCUCGCUGCGCAGUGCGAAGUAUUCAAAGGUAUGCUCGGGAUACCGCAGCCUGCACCGGACGCGGAAACCGGCGGCGCAGAGGUGUACGAGGGGUGCCCCGUUGUCAGGAUGCAGGACUCUGCAGUCGAUUUAACACAUUUCCUGAAGUCCAUCUAUGACUUCCAAUAUUUUCAGUCAGGCGUGAAGUCCAAAUUUCCCAUCGUUGCGGCGGUUCUUCGUCUCAGUACUAAAUAUCAUGCCCCCGCUCUGCGCCAUCGUGCGAUCAGCUUUCUGUCUACAGCCUAUCCCUCGACGCUCGCUGCUUGGGACAAGCGGUCCAUACAGCGACUUAUUCCUCCCUUCGAAGACGAAUUCUGCGCCUACGUCGCGCUUGCCACCGAGACAGACGUCAGAGCCAUUUUACCUGGGCUGUACUACGCAGCGGCCAGGAAACCUCUGGGACAGAUCAUUCCCUUACUGCGCACUCUUGCCAUUGCACCAGCGGUGCAGUGGGACGUGUGUUCCGACUUCGUGCUAGGGCGCGAGCGCCUCUUCCAGGUGGAAAUUAAACACAUACUCACGUUCCUCAAUGUUGAGUUCAAACACCCUGGAUGCCAGGCACUUUCCUCUUGCACAACCAUCCUGAACAGCACUGCGAGGCUCGCAUUAAGAAAGGCGACUGAGGCAGAGGCAUACCACCAGUGGUGCAGCGCGAACGCGAGUGAGGUGGGCCGCUCGCUCGCGUUGUGCCAGCCAUGCUCCACGACAGUCGAGAACUCUAUCAAGGAUGCGAGGAAUGUCGUGUGGGAGCAGCUUCCGGGAUUAUUUGGGCUCCCGGACUGGGAGACGUUGAAGGCUAGGGAUGAACUAGACGUCGAGUGA